AUGGGUCCCCGCCGUCGGGUGACGCCUUCGGGCACAACUUCUGUUCGCGCGCCUUCGGGCAACUCUGGUUCGGUUUCGGUCUCGGUCUCUGCUGCUGCGCCUUCGGGCAAUGCUUCUUCUUCUGUCUCGGCGCCUUCGGGCAUUUCUUCUUUGGUUUCCGGUUUGUCCACCAUUACAACGGAUAAAGUCCCAGAGGGUGGUGACCUCUGGGCACUCAUCAUUUUGUUUCUCGGUGUUGCGGUUCUCUUGGCCUCCGGGCUCUAUACGGCGAUCCUCGCGGGUCAAAACGAGGAGGAGCUUCGCUCCUUUCUCCAAAACAACUGGCAAGGACUCGAUUGUGGGGUGGGUCCGCUCACCAUCGCUGAGACUCGAAUGGAAUCCGGUUUACUCCGGAAGAAGAUGCUUUGGGUGUAA